GAGAAAAAGGGGAAAAAAGAAAAAAAAAUCUAAAAAAAAAAGAGAGAAAUUGGGUUAGCGGCAAACCAGAAACCCUCGUUCCGAUCCCCAAAAACCCCACCUUCCCAAUCUUCUUCUCCUCCUUCUCCUUCCCAUUUCUUCCGCAGAACCCACGAGGAGCUCUGAGAGACGGCGGCGAGCCAUGGCAAGCGCUGAUGUUGAGGCUGUGGACUUUGAGCCCGAGGAAGAUGAUCUCAUGGACGAGGACGGAGCCGCCGAAGCCGACGCCUCCCCACGAGCUCCUUUUCCUAAGCUCAAAUCCGCCAUCACCGGCGGCGCCUCGUCCUCUCUCGCCGGUCCCAAGAAGACCAAGGGUCGUGGCUUCCGAGACGAAUCCGAUCGCAACACCCGUCUCGCCGGGUCCGACUUUGAUUCCCUCAAGUCUGCUGAUGGCCCCGGCCCCCAACGAUCUAUUGAAGGAUGGAUCAUUCUGGUGACUGGUGUACAUGAAGAGGCACAGGAGGAUGAUCUACAAAAUGCAUUUGGUGAGUUUGGGGAGAUAAAGAAUUUGCAUCUAAAUCUUGAUCGUCGUACUGGGUUUGUCAAGGGUUAUGCAUUGAUCGAAUACGAGAGCUUUGAGGAAGCAGAGAGAGCCAUAUCUGCCAUGGAUGGAUCUGAACUUCUGACCCAAAUUAUCAAUGUCGAUUGGGCAUUCAGCCAUGGACCCAUCAGAAGAAAGAACACAAGACCUACUCGGGAACGACGUUCAAGGAGCCCGAGGAGGAGAUAUUGAUUUUGAGGUGUAGAAGUCCUCCCAUGUGUGUUGUCUUUGGAUUUUAUUUGGGAGCGUGUUUCCUUUUGGAUUGGAUUAGGAGAUGUUUCUACUGAGCUUACUCAAUUGUCGGACGUUGAUUUGGAUUGAUGAAUUGUAUGUAACUUAGAGACCUGAGGUUUAUGCUGUUCUUUCUUUUUCAUUUUUGGAUUUCUUGAGGUUUAUGCCUUUUGUGUUGUCACCUGCUAUUAUUAUAUAUAUUUUUUUGUUCCAAAUUUGGUUA